CAAUUACUAUUCAAAGUCGUGUGCCAGGAUCCAUUUACUCGGAUUUAGAAGGAAAUGGCAAAAUUGGUCCCAUCUACAAAAACUUUAAUGACGUCUUAAGUCGUUGGGUGGCAUACGACAAUUGGACUUUUGAGCGUCACUUUGAUGUUAAUGCCAACGUUUUAACAAAACAACACAUCUUCCUGACUGCCCAUGGAUUGGAUACUAUUGCAACGGUAACUCUGAAUGAUCAGAAGAUCAUCAGUGCCGCCAAUAUGUUUGUUCGCUACACGACGCCAGUGAAGAGCAUUUUGAAGGCAAAGCACAACACCCUGAAGGUACACUUCGUGUCUGCGCCACUGUACGCAAAGAGGCGUUUCGAGGAGGUGCAGAAGGAGAAGUACCUCAUUCCGCCCACUUGUGUUCCGGGCGUGGAGAAGGGCGAGUGUCACGUGAAUAUGCUGAGAAAGAUGCAGGCCUCCUUUGCCUGGGACUGGGGCCCGGCCAUUCCCACCGCCGGCAUCUGGCAGCCGCUGCUCAUUGAGGCGUACGACAGUCUGCUGCUGAGAGACGUCACCGUUGAGACGGUGCCAGAGGCACUGGCAGGAGCUGAUAACAACUCCUGGGAGCUCAAGUACACGCUCUUUGCAGAGAUCAUACCGGGAACUGUCUCCAAGGGAACACUGGAGGUACUCCUCGACGGACACCUUCUGAGCAAUAGCAGCUACCAAUUUGAGUCACUGAAGGGUGAGGCGAAAAAGGCCUUCUCCGCCAAAAUACCGUCCAGCUUUAACAUCCAGCGCUGGUGGCCGAACGGUCUUGGCCAGCAGAAGCUGUACAACCUGACCAUUCGAAUCACCCCUGAACACCAGGAGGCGCAGAGUAAAACGCUGAACAUUGGCUUCCGGACUGUUGAGCUAGUCCAAGAGCGCCUGCACUCAAAGACUGAGGCGUACUCCUUUUACUUUAAGGUAAACGGCGUGCCCUUUUUUGCCAAGGGCUCCAACUGGAUACCUGCUCAUGCGCUAAGCGAGGCCAUCACCGAGGGCUACUUGCGAACACUGUUGCACUCCGCCAAGCUNCUCAUGCGCUAA